AUGUCUCACUCUUCAGUUCCGCCCGUAGCGCAAUCUCAGCUCACUGCAGUUGUUGUCAAGCUGCCUCCUUUCUGGGUCAGGAACCCGGCUGUCUGGCUUGCCCAAGCUGAAGCCCAGUUUCACUUGUCUGGCGUUACAUCCCAGUUGACAAUGUUCUACCAUGUAUUUUCCGUCUUGUCCCCCACCGCCGCCGACGAGUUUUAUGAUCUCAUAACCACCCCGCCUCCGGAAAAUCCAUACGAUCAACUAAAGUCAGCCUUGCUGAAACGGACAUCGUCUUCCGACCGCGACCGACUACACCAGCUUCUCUCCGCCGAAGAACUAGGCGAGCGGCGCCCCACCCAGCUACUUCGGCGCAUGAAACAGCUCCUCGGAAGCGAUGCCUCUGGCAGCAGUGGCGACUUAUUUUCCAGUGAUAGAUUUCUCCAGCGCCUUCCCCGCCACGUACAGAUGGUGUUAGCUAUUGCGGCAAACCUCAGCUUGGACUAUUGGUUGCGCUUGCCGAUGUGGUCAUGGAGGUAG